GGCUACAGACGCGCACUUCCGCUUCCGGUUCAGCGCGACGGCCGCAUCCGGGCUUAGUGUUCCUGCCGGGAAGGUUGUGGCGUUGGUAACUUGGAGGGGAUUCGAGCUCCAGCGAGGAUGAUCGAGGUGGUUUGCAACGACCGUUUGGGGAAGAAGGUCCGCGUCAAGUGCAACACGGAUGACACCAUCGGGGAUCUUAAGAAGCUGAUCGCAGCCCAAACUGGCACCCGUUGGAACAAGAUCGUCCUUAAGAAGUGGUACACCAUCUUUAAGGACCACGUGUGUCUGGGUGACUAUGAAAUCCAUGAUGGGAUGAACUUGGAGCUUUAUUACCAAUAAGACAGAAUUCCUUCCUCCUCCUCUGCCUUGCCCUGGCCCCUGUCCCUGUCCCUGUCCCUGACCCUGUCCUGCUCCCCACUACCCACACUGGUAUGGAUGCUUGUUUUUAAUAAUUCAACGUUAAUAAAAAUUAAGAUGCUU